CUGCUGACGUGGCAAAGGAGUUUAAAGAGCAAGUUCAGCUUCUUCAAGACCAGGAUGCAGGCAGAGCAGCGGCGGCAGCAGCGGCGGUGAUGCUUCUGGCAACGAGGGACCAAGCUCUGCUGCUGCUGCCCUCUACGGUACCGCCCCUCAUCAGCCUCCUCACAUCGUCAGCAGACAUGCACGUGCGGCGCAAUUCACUGGCGGCCCUCACAGCCCUCAUGUCCCGCUCGCAGAAACUGCACUCCACAGUCGCCAAUACGCCAGGCAUUGGAGCGUUGGUGGUGGGAGCACUGAAGGAGGAGGUGGGGUUGCGCAUCAACGCUGCUGCCUUCCUCUCCAACCUCGCCCUAGAUGCGGAGGGAGUGAGUGUCAUCACAUCAAGUGGGGGUCAGGAGGCGCUUGCAACUGCUCUCCAAGCGACUGACAACACCGACCAGAGCAGGGAGGCACUGGUGGAUGCCAUGUGUGCCAUAGCAUCCUCUUCCAAAGAAGCAACAGCUCUCCUUGUCGCCAAGGGUGCAUUGGAGCCGGUAGCAGCACUGCUGCCCGCGCCACACUCCUCUGAAGUGCACGUACGAGCUCUCAUUGCGAUCGGCGUGCUGCUACCUGCCAGGUACCCUGCACGUACUGCCGUCGCCACCGCCGCCGCUGCUGCUGCUGCUGCUCCUGUUGCUGCUGCUGCUAAGGCACAUUCGCCACACUCACACGCACACAUCCCCGGGUCCCUGUAA